UUGCUAGGGGUCGCUGCUACUAGGUGAUCAAUAUAGUACGUGAUCAACAUGGCGACGACCAGCAGCUUUUGCGUCUGCUCUUUUGAGGGCUGCAAUGCUGUCUACAAGAAGCCAGCCAAACUGAAGGAACACAUGCGUUCACAUACGGGAGAGAGACCGUUCGCCUGCAGCGAGCCCGGCUGUGACAAAACUUUCACCAGAAAGCGCAACCUCUCCAGACAUGAACUCUCCCAUUCUGGGGUCAAACAAGUUCGAUGUACCUGGGCAGGCUGCAGUGACCAGUUCGUCAGUACCACUAACCUAAAGAAACACAUCGCCAGGAAACAUCAGCACCAGGGGAAGCCAUAUAAGUGUACCCACGCUGACUGUGGCAAGGGUUUCAAGAAACACCGUGAUCUCACGAUCCAUGAGUACGAGCAUACAGGCGUGCUGCCCUUCCCGUGUGAUAAAUGUAACAAGAGGUUCCUGCUUCCCAGCAAGUUGAAAAGUCAUUUGAAAGUUCACAGAGGAUACUCAUGUCGCAUACAGGACUGUGAGGCCACCUUUGAAAAGUGGUCGGUACUGCAGGCUCACAUGAAGGAGCAACACCCACGCCACACGAGUCACAAGUGUGAAGUAUGUGGAAAGGAGUUCUCCAUGCAGUGCAGAUUGACCCAGCAUGCCCUGAUCCACUCCCCAUCACGUGAUGUCUUCCCCUGUCCCUUCAAGAAGUGCAAGAGGUCGUACACAAAGAUGUCCAACCUGAAGACCCACAUCCAGAGUUACCACGAGUCCAAACGUCCCUUCACCUGUACCCAGCAGGACUGUAGUAAAACAUUUGCGCAUGAGAUUUCCUUGAGAAGACAUGUGAAGGCAGUCCACGAUGCCAACGCCAGUCUCCCUCCAAGGAAAAAGAAGAACUACGCUGCUAAGCUGUUGGGCUUCAAGGAGCCACCAAGCCUGGAAGAAGACGUAGAAGAUCCACCUUUGAUCCAGGUUGUAAAGGAAGUCACUACCCCAGACAAUAGCAGCAAAUGUGACGAACCAUCUGAACAAGAGGGUACCACAAGUCAAGAAAAAGAGAGUAGUGUAGAUUCAACUAUAGACAAGCCAGCAGCAAAGCAAAGUCCUCAAAAACAUACUGAUGAGGAUAUGGCAGAGGGUAGUCAAGAAAAAGAGAGUAGUAUAGAGUCAACUAUAGACAAGCCAGGAAUAGAACAAAGUCCACAAAAAUCUACUGAUGAAGAUAUGGAACAGGGUAGUCAAGAAAAAGAGUGCAGUGUAGAGUCAACUAUGGAUAUGCCAGCAGUAGAACAAGAAAAAGAGAGCAGUAUAGAGUCAACUAUAGACAAGCCAGCAGUAGAACAAAGUCCUCAAAAACAUACUGAUGAAGAUAUGGUAGAGGAUAGUCAAGAAAAAGAGAGCUGUAUAGAGUCAACUAUAGACAAACCAGCAGUAGAACAAAGUUCGCAAAAAUCUACUGAUGGAGAUGAGGGUAGUCUUCUUAUUGGGGCAAUAGAGUAUGUUGAUGAAGGAGUUUGUAUGGAUGGUAGCAAGAAUGAAGCUACAGGGGAUCGAAGUUGUUGUGAUGAAACUACAGAAGCAAAAGGGUCGGAUGGUAGAGAGCAAUUAUCAGAAGACACCCAACUGAGAGUGAUGGUAUGACGAGAUGGAUGUUUCAUAUCAAUGGAAGUCUUUGUUAAGCAAGUUUUUCAUUGCUAGAUAUUAAAGUGUAAUGAAGUGGUGUGUAGUUUUGCAAUGAAGACCCACUAAUCUAAAAACACUUUACAAAGUGUUUGACAGUAUCUUUGCCAAAAAUACCUCAGUACAUUGUACUAGUACAUUCAUAAGUUUCUAUUGCACGUAUGGAAAUAUGUACAGACCAUAUUAUAUUCUACCAUAUCCCAUAUCUUUUCACCUGAUGUUGAAUCAGGUGAAAGUGUACUAGACGAACGCAGAACUUGGAUGUAAAAGUGGAACCAAUCUAGCCUAGAAAAGAAUUUACUAAAAUAUAGAUUUUCUUGAUCACUUCUGAAAUUUGUACAAUUCAAUCAGAGCAUCAAAGUUGUCAUUAAAUUUCUAUAUUUACAUAUGACACUUUGCAAUAUAUAUUGUACAUUGUAUGAUGAAAAUACAUCAUGAAUAUAUUCAGUAAUAAUGAAGAAAUAUUUGACACCUUCUGGUUUGAAGUUGACUCAUACUUUUGUACUAGUAUAUUGGAAAAAUAUAUCAAUUUAUAUUGAUUCACAUUAAACAGUUCCU